GUGACAUUGAAAACAGGAAAAAACACGUUCUCCCCUGAGUCCAUCCCUCGAUGCAACUUGUUUUUGAUUUGUGGACGACAAAAUUUAACAAAUUCGAGAGAUUUUCGUACCGGCUUUUCCAGGCAUGGAUGGUACAUAAAAAUUGUCAGUUUUGUUAGGCAGAAUAAGUCGUAGAAAGCGGGGGAAAACAGGAGCACAAGGUCGGUUAAACACGGGAACGUGGAUUGGGGAAAGUGCCCUGGAAUGGGCAGCAGAGGAGCGUGAAUGGGCCAGAAAUUGCGGAAAUAUCGGAGACGUCACCGCACCCCGCCGAACUGAAUGGCCCACGGAAGCCUCGCCGCCUCGUCCACUCCAUGUUAUGCUGAAUUGGAAAACCGUGCUAAAGAUGCUGUUCGACGUGUUGAAAAAGUUCUUCGGCUGGUGUGACGAGGGUUCGCGAAAGCGUCACGCCAGUGACUCGCUGUUCGACGACUACACCAAUGUCAACCCAAAGAAAGUGCGUCGUGAUAGCCUGAACAACCACCGUGAGAUAAUCGAGAUAGAGGACGACCCGGAGGACAUCCAGAUCUGCGACGACUCCUUCCACUCGUUGCACAACAACUCGCACAAUUCCCUGAAGAAGAGGAGCACCUGCUACACGAACCACAAGGGCCCGAACCACAUCGCCUCGAGGAACCACUUGACAAUGACAUCCUUCAAAGGAAAGAGUCGCCUGAACUCGAAGCCCCAGAUCCCGCAGAGGAUCUCAGUCCUGGACAAGAUCCACCAGCUGCGAGACAAGGCAGACUACAGUCGCCUCCUGCAGGACUGCAACCCGAGGAUCCAGGUGAUCCCAGCGACCCCAGACACUCGUCGUCGCCAGAAGCCAAUCGAGCUGAUAGACAUCGAGAGCAUGGAGCCCUCGACAUCACGCCCAGCAGAAGUCUUCUUCACUCCCCAGCUAAAAACCCCCUCUCGCUGGUACACCCCAAUGUCCCGCCUCCCCAGGUCCUCAGUGACCCGCCAGGAAAGAUCAAUCGAGGUAAUAAAACUCGACGACAACGACGACACGUCGACACCCCCACAAUCUUCCCCAAAGCCAAAACUCGAAGACGUUAAAAAGCCCCUGGUGAAUCGCGACUGCAUAGCAACGAAUUCCCUUCGAGACAGAUUAUCAGGAAAGGCUGUGAUGAAGGGGGACUUCAUUCCUCGUGUGGCCGAGCGCUACAACGAGCGCAUUGAGAAGAGGUCGAAGGAGGCAGCCGAGCUGGAGAGAAUGAGGGAAAUCCUAGCCAAACACAAUCGUCUCCAGCGUGAGUUUGCACUAGAGGAGCAGCUGGCGCGUUCCAUGAGGCUCUACGAGGCUGUCCUGGAGGAGCAGGAGGAGGAUGAGGACCAACUUCCUGAAUUGUCUUCUGAGAUGACGAGUGAAGUGCAGAGGGCACUGGUACCACGACCCCCCGAUGAGGUGCUCACCGAGGGCUUUGGCCUGAGAAUAACUCGAAAGGACAUUCACACGUUGUCUGGGCUCAAUUGGCUCAACGAUGAGGUCAUUAAUUUCUACAUGAACCUAUUGAUCGAGAGGGGCAAGGGCGAGAAGUAUCCAAAUGUCUACGCCAUGAACACCUUCUUCUACCCUAAAUUACUGUCCGGUGGGCACUCUGUCCUCAAACGGUGGACCAGGAAAGUCGAUAUCUUUGCACAGGACAUUGUGGUUGUGCCGGUGCAUCUACAAAUGCACUGGUGCAUGUCCAUCAUCGAUUUUCGAGACAAAUCAAUUCGGUAUUAUGACUCGAUGGGCGGGGAGAACCCCAAGUGCUUGAGGGCGCUCAGGAAGUAUCUCGAGGAUGAGAGUAUGGAUAAGAGGAAGAAGAGCUUUGAUACUAGUGACUGGACUGCUGAGUGUAUGAGUGAUAUUCCGCAGCAGAUGAAUGGCAGCGACUGUGGGGUUUUCUCGUGUACUUUUGCUGAAUUUAUCUGUGCUAAUAGGAGGAUAACGUUCAGUCAGGAUGAUAUGCCGUACUUCAGACAUAAAAUGGUCUAUGAGAUACUGAAGCGUAAACUUUUGUAGAUAAGUCCAUUUGUAUUUUCAAUUUUUAAUUUGGUGGGGAGGGUCGGUGGAACGUCAGGCCUCUGUCAUCUAAUUUGAGUAGAUGGGGACGAGAUCGAAUGAACUUUCGUUGAAUGGACUUUGUCAGUGGGGGCUUGGGAAUUUUCAGCCAAAUUAAUUUGAUUGGUGAAUUAAAUUAGUUUGACGAUCAGUUUCGAUGAUUGAGUUUUCAAAUUCAGGGCCAUACCAGGUGUUUUGUUGUAUUUAUGUAUUUCAAUUGAGAAACAUUGGUAUUUCUGUAAGUCGAGUACACAGACCUCUGGAGAAGAUGAAUAAACGAAAUUGUAGGUUUUUGUAUUAUCA